AUGUCUGAAUCUACUUCUUCGGUCAAGUCUCCAGCCAGCCGACAGGCCAAUGUCGGCGGUGGGCGUCAGAUUACUCGUAAUCGCACAAGUUACAGUUGCCAUACGUGCCGCAGGAGGAAAGUCAAAUGCGACAAGGUCCAUCCAAUCUGCGGCAACUGUUUGAAGAAUGAAGCCGAAUGCGUCUACGAUACCGCAACCCCCAAGAAGAAUGGUGACGCUGGCCCUGAUGGCGAAUAUUCCCCUCGGCACAAAGCCAAAAGGAGAAGACGUAUAUCACCAUCAAUUGACGGUGACGGUGAUGAUCCACACUCGGUCAUGAGUGAAGCGGAAAAAUCCGCUCCACGCACUGGCUCGCACGCAAUCGAAGCACGACUGGACAAGCUUACCAACAUGAUCGAGAGCCUGAGCAAGGCCAAAGGACCUCUGCCGGUGAAAGAGAUGAGUCGACAGUUGCAGACAAUAAGUCAAGAGGUUGACGUACGGCUCCCUGUUGAGGCUUCUACGCCACAGACCUCCGCGUCAAAAACCAAGCGUGGCUCUCGAGCUGCUAGUCCUCGUCGCACAGCAGAGUCUAGCGGUGAUGAAUUUCCUAUCCCAACAGGCAAUGCGACAGAUCCUGUUGACCCAGUUGGAAGUUUGAAUCUUGGCCAUCUGAGUAUUGAGGAUGGCAAAUCCAGAUACGUCGGCACCACUUACUGGGCUUACAUUUCAGAUGAGAUCAAUGAACUCAACCAACUAUUACGCGAACAGAACAGAUCUCAUGAAGAUCCACCAUCUAAUAACAGUGACAUCGAUAUCACGAUGUCCACAGACGAAUCCCCUCUGGCAAAGGAUGUAAACUAUCACCAACGGCAUCGAUCAUCAACUGGAGGUCAUCAACUGAAUAGAGCGCUUUUGCUCGCUUCAAAUGAAUCUCCGAUUGCUUAUGAUAGGGCCGUUGAGCCGUACAUGCUCGAGGAUAUGCCGACUAGAAGACAAAGCGAUAUACUUUAUAAAGGCUUCAUGUCUGGUGUUCAUGCUAUAAGCCCAGUACUGCAUCCACCAUCUAUCUUGCGAUCUUAUUUGGCCUUCUGGAAUUGGUACGAGCACAGCAGCCAUUCCGGCGAACGAUAUGCGGAUCCUACUUUUAUUCCACUGCUUUAUGCUAUAUGGCACGGCGGAUCAGUGACAAUAUCCAUUCACACAAUCAAAUCCGAAUUCCCCGACUUUUCUUCUCGCUCUUCACUGUCCGACGUACUACAUGAGCAUAUGAUAGGAUGGCUCGAUAGGGUUUCAUUUCCACGCAAUCCUACCUUGCAUUCACUUGUUGCUUUUCUCAUCACACGGACGAUUCUUUCUCGUGAAGAAGAACCUCUGGCCAGCAGUCUUUUCAUCAGCACUGUCCUCAGAGUAGCUCAAACAAUGGGCCUCCACCGAGAUCCGGGGCAAUUUGGCAUUAAGUCAAGUGAAGCGGAGACACGACGAAGGAUUUGGUGGCAUAUCAUUCAUAUGGAUGGGGUUGUGUCGAUGUCCAGCGGCUUGCCGCCUCUAGUCUGCGACGAAAAUUAUUGGGAUGUCUGCGAACCCAGCGAAGUGAAAGACACGUUACUAGGGACUCCGCAAGCCGACCAGUACACUAGGCUGGUGGAAAAUAACCUGAGGCCACGGGAUAACCCUGAUGAUCCCACUGUCUGUGGCGGCAAUUCGAUGGUCAAUGUUUUCUACCUUUGCGCCAGAGGCAAGUAUGUUAUGGCACAGACACUAGGUGCCGUCAGGAGAAUUAUGAGGGUUCAGCUGGGGACAAAGCCAGUGACAGGGCGCGAUAUGGAAGAAUUGAGAUCGAUUUUGCUUGAUCUCCAAUUCCAGUUGAACUCGCUCAUCAAUCGCAUUCCGCUUGCGCAACAUCCAAACUAUACCGUAUCGGACAUUCCUAAUACGGCAUCAUCGUCUGCCUCUCAAGAUCGUCCAGAAGUCGGUGAGGGUGUGCUACCCGGAGACGGACCAGGUGGCUGCUCAGAGCAGUAUCACACCCCAAUCCUAGUGGCAUUUCACAAAUGGGCUAGAAUCUUGCUUUCCUUGUUUGUUGAUAAAGCCUUUUGUGUUGCCUAUCAGCCGUUUCUCAAGAAUGCGAAAAGCCGAAUAUGGCCCGCAGCCAGACAAGGCGCCUUGCGGCAUUGCCACGGCUUCAUGGAGAAGUUCAUUGCGCUAGCUACAGACCCCGACUUCCAACCUUUUCAAUGGAGCUGGCCUGGAAAUCAUCAGCCUAUGCAUGCGACCAUGAUUAUGCUGAUUGAUUUAUACGAGCGGCCUAGCAGCCCCCAGGCACUCCGGUCAAGAGCCUUUAUCGAUAAGAUAUUCUCCAUAAGCGGACCAGAUGGGGGCGUAGUUGGCGGAGAGGACGGCGUCACAACAGCACGGCCCUUGAAAUAUGGAGGUCGAGAGGCAUGGGAUAUGAUGCGACGGUUGCGGGAGAAGGCAUGGCAGAAAGCCGGUCUAGAUCCGCAACAGCUAUGGACAGAGCAGGCGCAAAUACAGGCUGGUAUUGUUCAAGAUCAGUCCUCUCGGAUGAGAAAACAAGGAUAUGAAGGAAAGCAGCUUGCAAAGCCAACCGCUGAUUCACAAAUCAAAGAAUUCAACAGGAGGUUUUAUGACAUGACGAGAGCUCAUACUUUGCCCAGUCCAGUCAUCUCGUCUUUACGACAAGCCUUGCGACAAGAGACUCAAACCCCGGCCCGAUACUCGCCCGAUCUAUCUGGAUUCUCGUCUAUGCCUCCUUUGUUUCCUACGCAAUCGCGUCCAACUAGCAUUAUGUCCAACAAUAUGCCCCUGCCAUUGGAUCAUCAAAGUCUCGAUGCAACGCUUACUCUCGCGAAUCUAGCAACGGGGACGACCGUCGGCAGUCCAACAACGAUCUCUCACAAUCUGCUCCAGCAACGGCAACAACAGGAAAAUAGAAACUCCUCUCAUAGCUAUCCUAUGAUCUCAGUCCCACCAUCAGCACCAAACUUUUCCCCCAUCAACUCCCCCGAAACGAAAUCUGUCACUAGUUCAUCAGCAGGCGCAGCUGCAGCCCUAACACCGCCAUCAAUGGUAGAUCCCAAUCUAGCCUUCGACUGGGACCAAUGGGACGCGGUAUUUGGACAGCAAUUACCUAUGGCCGACGAACUUUCCGAGCUGGACCCUGUCGCCGGUGGGAUGGGGCUAGGUUUAACAGAUCUUGGAAUCGAUCUACUAGAUCCUAUAACUAGCAAUACAAUUAUUGGUAGUGGUGAGCAGCAUCCAACCAAUAGUGAUCCAUGGCGUGAUUUUGAACCGUGGCUAUAUUAA